GCUUCUUUCUCUUCUCUGGCCUCUUCUCGUCGACGAUAUAUAUACCUCUGCUUUCCUCUUCCUCCUCUGCUGCUCUCCUCUGCCUCUCCUCUGCUUUGCCUUGUCUUUUGCCCACUCCCAAUGCUGUCCUCGUCCUCCUCAUUCAACUCCCCAGACUACAAGCUCUCCUCCCUCCAAAACCCUCCUUUGAACACACCUUCCAAUGCUGAUCCAGACCACUCAACCUCGCUAAUAUUGUCCAACAUCUUUGGCUCAAAUAUAACCUCCUGGUCCUUCUCUGAAAACUUGUUGAACCAGGUCAUAAUCCUCAAACAGGAACAGGAGCGAACAAAGCAGGACUACUACAAAUGCGAAUCAAUAAACAGAUCCCUAAAACUACUAAACAAUGCCAUCACCAACAAAAUCCCUUUGAAUUUAAUUCCUCUUUUAUUCAUCAACAACUCUCCACAAAACAACCCUAACCAACCCAAUAAUUCCAAUCUUAAAACUGAUAUCAACAGCAAUAUCAAAUCCUAUCUAUCCUCAAUAGACGAUGAGCUAACCUCUCCCUCCAACACUUUCAAUAUAUCUCAAAAUAACUAUAAAUUCGGUAUGACCAACCCUAACUUCAACCAAAAUCAAAAUCAAAUUCAAAACACAAUUCCUUCAAAUAAAACUCCCAAUAAUAAUCCCAAUAAUAAUCCCUCUAUCACCACUUCUAAUACCAAUAACAAUGUCAAAAAUAACCCCAAACCUUUGUCGACAAUCAACUUAAAUAACUCAAUAAAUCAUAAACGCCACAAUUCUUUACCUCUAAAAUCUUCAAUAUCAACCAACAAUAACAACACAAACACCACUAACACUCUAACCCCAAUCUCAACCUCAACUUCAACUUCAAAACCAGUAUCAAUGUCCUCUUUACAGCAUAUAAUCCAAUUUAACCAAUGGCAGUCAGAAAACCCAGCUCUUUUAAUCAACCAAUCAAAAAAAGAGUUGUAUAUCAAAGACAAAGAAAAAGAUAAAGAUAAAGACAAAGACAAAGAUAAAGAUUCAAUUAAAGAUCAAAAUAAACUAAAAAGAUCAAACUCAACUCUAAAAAGAAGAAGAUCAAAUUCUGAUAUAACAAAUCGUUCCUCAAACCCAAACAAAUUUAAAAAUACACAACCUUUCAAUUUCAAUACAAUUAAUUUAAAUCAUCCAAUCAAUAACAACAAUACCAACAAUACCAACAAAAUCAUCAAUAAUAACCAACCGAAUCACACUCUAAAACAAAAUAAUAUAUCAAAGAUUAAAUCUCUUCACUCCAGAACUCAAUCUGAAAAUCUAUACUCUUUAAAAGACUUUAACCACUACAGUCUUCCCAAUAUCACUUCUUUCAACACCACAAACCAAAUAUCUAAUCAUCAAAUUUCUAACCAUCAGAAUUUCAUUAAUUCUCAUUCAUUUAAACCCAUUUCCAAACCUACUUCAUCCAAUUCUUCCAACUCUUCAGUUACCCCUCCUCCGAACCAAAUCAAUAAUAUAAACAACAACAUUAAUAAUAUAAAUAACAGUAUAAAUAAUAAUAUAAAAAAGAAAAAUAAUUUUAAUGGUUUAUCUGAUCUAGCCGAAGUAGCAAUCUCAAUGUCUUCAAACCAAAACCAAAACCAAAAUAAUAAUCAAAAUAAUAAUCAAAAUAAUAAUCAAAAUAAUUCAAAUCAAAUAUCAAAUGAUAAUAACUCCAAAAUUAAUUCAAACAUCAACAUAAAUCUAAAUGACCAAAAAAAGAAAAACUCAAAAAGUCCUCAUUUCGCUAAUAUUCUAAGGUCUCCAAUGAAAGCCUUCUCUUAAUUCUACUCAGUCAUUAUCUUCAUCAUCUUAUCUUAUCUUUUCUUUUGUUUAUAUUUUAUAUAUUUAUAUUUAUGCCUUCCGUUCUUUUAAUUCAUACCAUCACUCAUUUAUUUUUUGUUAUGUUUUUUGUUUUUUUUUCAUCUGUUCUGUUUCAUUUUGCAAUAAACGGUUUUUCUUCCUCUUUUUGUUUA